GGGGAGGGGGGUCCUCCUUUUUUAUUUAGUUGGUGUGUCUCACUAGCGGAUUUUAACAGAAACCCCCAUAGGCCAUAUUAACCCUCUCUCUCUCUCUCUCUCUCUCUCUCUCUGAGGAUUAUAUGCAUGAAAUCUAUAUAUUUCACGUGCCAUAUAUACAUAUAUAUGCAUCUCAUCUUCAUGGAUACCACUACUGAUGCAUGUAUGUAUGUUUCUGAUCAAGCAGAAAGCUGUGGUCUCUCUCAUCUUCAACUUUGUGCUGUCACUUGGAGCUCAAAGCCUAUAUUUUGCAGCUUUUCAAUUGUAAAUUAAUGGUGCUUCUUUCUUGGAAGCAAACAACAUCCAUCAGAUAUUUGUGAUUCUGGAUUUCAGUGGGCAAUCAUCUGGAAAGGGAACAUUCCAAUGUUAUAUAUGAAGGAAGGACUGAUCGAGAUCUUUUGACAGAAAAGAAAACACCAUAACAAAAAUGAAGUUUAUGAAACUUGGGUCGAGGCCAGACACGUUUUACACAGAAGAAGCUACCAGGACAAUGGUUUCAGAUUUACCUAGCGACAUCAUUGUACAGAUUAAUGACAUCAGUUAUCUUCUCCAUAAGCUGCAGUUUCCUCUUCUUCCAAAGUGCGGCCUCUUGCAGCGUCUUUUCUCUGAUGCUGGCAAUUCCGAGAAUGUUACAAUUGAGCUUCAUGAUCUUCCCGGAGGCGAAGAUGCUUUUGAAGUGUGUGCUAAAUAUUGCUAUGGAAUUACUAUUGAUAUCAGCGCACACAACUUUGUAUCAGCAUUCUGUGCUGCCAAGUUCCUUAGAAUGACUGAAUCGGUAGAGAAGGGAAACUUUGUUGUAAAACUUGAAGCCUUUUUCAUGUCAUGCAUUCUGGAGGGUUGGAAGGACUCUGUAAUCGCACUCCAGAGCACAUCAAAGUUACCCGAGUGGUCUGAGACUUAUGGAAUCACCAGAAAGUGCAUCGAUUCCAUUGUUGAGAAAAUCCUCACCCCGCCAGCAAAGGUCACAUGGUCCUACACUUACACUAGACCCGGUUACUCCAAGAAACACCACCACUCUGUGCCGAAGGAUUGGUGGACGGAGGACUUAUCUGAUCUUGACAUAGACCUGUUCCGGUGUAUGAUUACUGCCAUCAGAUCGACAUACAUGUUGCCACCACAGCUUAUUGGCGAAGCUUUGCAUGUCUAUGCCUGCCGUUGGCUACCAGACACCACAAAGAGUAGACCUCUACAGAGUUCAGUGCCUCAAGCUCAAGACUUUAAGGAUAAGAAUCGACGAAUUCUUGAAGUUAUAGUGAGCAUGAUUCCUGGAGAUCGAGGAUCGGUUUCAGUUGGGUUUUUGCUGAGGCUUCUAAGCAUAGCGAAUUACGUAGGAGCCUCUCCCGUGACAAAGACAGAGCUAAUAAGGAGAUCUAGUCUGCAAUUUGAGGAGGCAACAGUUACUGACUUGCUCUUUCCCUUGCACUCAACCUCUGAAGCCCACUCUUACGAUAUUGACUUGGUUGUGGCUGUCUUAGAAAGUUUAGUGGUGCUAUGGAGGAGACAAUCUCCUUCUCCUGCAGAAAACAGCCACUUUUUGGGAUCCAUUAUCAAGGUUGGGAAGCUCGUUGAUUCUUACCUUGAAGUGGUUGCAAAGGAUGCCAACAUGCCGGUAUCCAAAUUAGUUUCUCUAGCUGAAGCGUUACCGGAUAUUGCUCGCCCAGAACACGAUUCCCUUUACAAGGCAAUCAACAUUUAUCUUAAGGAGCAUCCUGACCUGAGCAAGGGAGACAAAAAGCGCCUCUGCCGGAGUCUAGACUGCCAAAAGUUAUCUCCGGUGGUACGUGCUCAUGCUGUGAAAAAUGAACGGCUACCAUUGAGAACGGUCGUGCAAGUCCUGUUUUUUGAACAAGAGAGAGGUUCCAAGGAAACCACCCACAAGCUAGCGCUGCCACCCCCGGAGCUAAUCUCUAAAGGAAAGCAGGCACCCAGUACUGUAAGAGAAGAUCAGUAUAAGCAGCUAAAGCUGGGUUCAGAUGAAAAGUUUAGUAGAGGAAGAACCGCCAUUCCCGGAGCAGGUGAAAAAGAUCAACAUAAAAGUAAGAGAUCAGAUGGGAAACUGCCAGUAGCAUUGGAAAGAAAGUUGGUCAUUGGAGAAAUUGAGGAAGUGGAGUCAGAGAAGGGGAAGGAGAUUAGAGAGGAAGGAAUGUCUCGGAGCAAGUUGGAUCCUAAGAAGAUCAUACCAAAGGGAAGUAGAUCAGACCAUAGCCGUGAUAAAGGCAGAGACAGAUAGGAAAGAAAGACGCUCCCUUUUCUCAUUGAACUUGCUGAAAAAGAAGAAAAAUAGACGAAUUCAAUUUCCAUUGGAUGGCCCCAUUGGGAAAUACCAAGUACACCUUUCACGCGUGACAUAUACCACUCCAAAAGGUGGCGGCUUGAAUUUCAUAAUUUAGAUGAGUGUAAUGAUAUUGAUAUGAGAGUUUGCUCGA